AUAUUGCUUAGAAAACGAAGUAGGACUACAAUUUAGGCAAACCUAUGCAAAUUAUAGUUCGAACUUAAAUAGUCAAAUUCUAAUGCACUAUAGUAAGAUGAUAUAUCACGUGGCUCUUGCGGCGCACUGGUCAUCAUUAAAAAGUUAAUUGUCCUUUAUAAAUGUUACAUUGAACCGGGUUGAGGAAGCUGGUUCGAGCAGCAUUGGGUUCUAUUUCUCAACCGAACAACACAAAGCAAACCUUAUCCGAUAUAAUGACGUAACUCCCGGUGAUAUAACUACUCCCGAGCACGGGACCUGAAGGACUCAGAUACCUGGACCUGAAGGACUCAGAGACCUGAAGGACUCAGAGACCAUGACCUGAGGACUGACCGGGGGGGGGGGGGGAUAGAGACCGGAGCAGCCGUCCUGAGCGCACCGCGUGUUCUCACCGUGCCAACCGGCGGCUCCAGCUGCACUCUCGAUGGACGUGAGCCUCGAGGAACUUUGAUAUGAAACAUUUCCUCAAGAGGAGGUCUAUUGGAGUCCAUGCUGACCACUGCGGAGGAGAUGGCCAUGCACCUACCCAGACCCCUGCGCCGACCUGGCCGCUAGAACAACCAGACAGCACUGCCGGCGACUACGAUCCUCAAAGCAAGAGCAGAAGUUACUAAGUGAACGAAAGGUUUUUCAUGUGGGUCAGUGCAUGCGUACAGACCACGUGUAUUUUGUUUUGGAGUAAUGGAAUACGAGGAGUACAAUGCAUCUCCAGGUGACGCACCGAUCAGACGAGCUGGGAUUGAAGUGAUACCCUGCAAGAUCUGCGGAGACAAGUCUUCAGGAGUGCACUACGGAGUGAUCACGUGUGAGGGGUGCAAGGGAUUCUUCAGACGAAGCCAGCUGCCCACUGUGUCUUACUCCUGCUCCCGGCAGAACAACUGCCAGAUCGACCGGACCAGCCGCAACCGCUGCCAACACUGCCGGCUGCAGAAAUGCCUCGCGCAAGGCAUGAGCCGCGAUGCGGUGAAGUUCGGACGGAUGUCCAAGCGUCAGCGGGACUCACUGUCUGCUGAGAUUCAAAAACACAAGCAGCAGCAGCAGCAAGAACAACAUCACCAUCAACAGCAGCAGCAGCAGCAGCUCCAGAGAGGGGCCUCCCUCACAAGGGACGUGCACUCCUACCUGGUAUGCUCUUCAAGUGAUUCCCCUGCUUCGGACCUGAUCUACCGCGGCUGCAGCGGCCCCCUAGGGUCCCGGUGCCUGGGGAGAGGGGACAGCGGUGGUCCUCCUAACCCCAGAGGGUUUGAUUCCAGACAGCCAUCUCCUGAGUUGAUGGGGAUUCAACCUUAUGACCUGCUGGAGGAUGCCUUUGGUCACUAUUCCCAUGUUCUGCAAAGCAGAGAGGACCUGUGUGGCAGUAUCCUGCGCUCCCACAGAGAGACCAGCCAAUACAGAGUGGAGGAACUGCACGAUCUGAAAUGGAAGUUGUUCAAUAGGGAGGAGAUACAGGCCUAUCAGAACAAGACGAUGGAUGAGAUGUGGCAGUAUUGCGCCAUCAGACUCACCGAUGGUGUGCAGUAUGUGGUGGAGUUCGCCAAGCGCAUCCCGGGCUUCCGUCUGUUCAGCCAGAACGACCAGAUCGCUCUCCUCAAAAGUGGGUCGAUGGAGGUGCUGCUGGUGAGGAUGAGCCGCUACUUCAACACAGAAAACAACACAGUGUUUUUCGACGGGAAGUUUGCUGGACCUCAAGUCUUCAAGUCACUGGCGUGCGGGGAUCUCAUCUCGGCCGUGUUCGACUUUGCCCGUGGCAUGUGUGCUCUGGGUCUCAGCGAGCCCCAGACCGCUCUGUUCUCGGCCCUGGUGCUGAUCAACACCGACCGACCCUCUCUGGAAGACAGAGUGCAAGCUCAAAGAGUUCAGAGAGACUUGAUGGUGGCACUCACUCACAUGUUACACAGAGACAACCGAGAGAGCCUACUACACAAGCUUCACGAGAGGAUGGCGUUGUUGCGCUCGCUGUGCCGGCAGCACAUGGAGAAGCUGCAGUCCUUCAGCCACUGCUACCCCGACACGGUGCGCUCCCGCUUCCCCCCGCUCUACAGGGAGCUGUUUGACUCCGAGGCCGAUGCCCCUCAAGGGACGGCUCCCUGAGCCACCUGCUUUGGAUUCCCGUAGAAGCAUGCACACGUCAGACGCCACAUGUGCGAGCAUGCACCAUACACACACACCACACACACACACACACUCAACCUAUGAGAAUCAUUGAAUAAUAAAUCAUAUUGUUGCUUGUAAAUACAGUAUAUUUUACUAACAUUGAACAUACAAUAUGAAACCAUUUUGUACUAGGUUUAGUAUUCUUAUUCUUACUUAUAAGUAUUGCAGAUCUUGUUGAUGUAGUAAUUAUAUAUUUGUACAACUUGGAAGUGGGAAAUAGUCCUUUGUUUGUUCUUUAAGUAUGGUGUUAUGUUUUCCCUCAGGAUAUAAUGUGUGUUAUUUCUAUCCGAUUUUAUCACUGUGUUCCGUCACUCGAUUUGAUAAAUAAUGCUUCUUCUCAGGAAUGUGUGUUAUAUUUGACAAAUGAGUACUUUGAUACACACAUAAGCAUUUCUGUCCAACAUCUGUUAUGUAUUUGAAGCAAAUCUUUUUUUUUUUUAAUCCGAGAGUAUUGGAUUUGUAUUGUUAAAUGUAUAUUCUUUAACAUCUUAAAUGUUGCGAUAUAUAUAUUUAUAUUUCUUUGUGUGUAAGCUAUUUUUAUAUGACCUUCAAUAUUUUGUGGUUUCUCUAUAUAGAUUCAACAAAAAAACAGGUUAACAAUCAAUUGACAUUCUACUAAGCCUGUUUGGUUGUUAUGUUUUUGGAAGGCUACGAUAGCCAUAUGCAAGAACUCCAAUAAACUGUUAAUACAUUUAAGA